ACCACGUACCAAAGAAGGGGAGGACUAGGGUUCCCCGCACCUUCCACCUUUCAAGGGCCGCAGAACACUAAAUAAAGAGCUUUAUGAGCAGGGUGCAGGGUGCCUGCGGCCGAGGAGAAGGGCGGUGUGGACAAGGCUGGGCGGUCCCCGCCAGGGCUCUCCGGGACCCCUGACCAGCGUGCCCUCCCCGCUCACUCUCAGCCAGGACCCGCCGCCCUCCCCGGUGCCCCGACAGCUGAGGGCGUGCGCGGGGAGACGGGGGUCGGCGGCGCCGGGCACACGGGGCGGCCGGCGCUGGGCCCGCCCUGCGGCCGCACUAUUUUGGGUGGUGUAGACCCCGCCCCUCCCCGCCGCCGGCGCUGGGGCCGCUGGAGGGUCGCGCCGCACCUCGGACCAGGGCCGCCUCGCGUCCGCAGCCAUGUCGGGCCGCUCGGUGCCCCACGCCCACCCGGCCACCGCCGAGUACGAGUUCGCCAACCCGAGCCGCCUGGGCGAGCAGCGCUUCGGAGAAGGCCUCCUGCCAGAAGAGAUCCUGACCCCCACCCUCUACCAUGGCUACUAUGUCCGGCCCCGGGCCACCGGAGCGGGGGAGGGCAGCAGGGCGGGGGCGUCUGAGCUCAGGCUCAGUGAGGGCAAGUUCCAGGUGUUCCUGGAUGUGAGCCAUUUCACCCCAGAUGAGGUGACCGUGAGGACUGUGGACAACCUGCUGGAGGUGUCUGCCCGGCACCCCCAGCGCCUGGACCGCCAUGGCUUCGUGUCUCGGGAGUUCUGCCGCACCUAUGUCCUGCCUGCUGAUGUGGACCCCUGGCGGGUCCGCGCUGCCCUCUCCCAUGACGGCAUCCUCAGCCUGGAGGCGCCUCGGGGUGGCCGGCAUUUGGACACAGAAGUCAAUGAGGUCUACAUCUCCCUCCUCCCCCCACCUCCUGAUCCGGAGGAGGAAGAAGAGGAGGCAGCCCGAGUUGAGCCCUGAGUGCCUCAGACCCAGUACCCAGGCCUUUCUCCCUCCCGUGGUGAUACAGCAGCUGCCACCACCCCGGAGAUAGCAGCAUCCUUGGGAGAAGGGAAAAGUGCAUGGGCCACAAUGUAUGGUUUGGUCCUGUGGGACGUGUCCUAGCCUUUGGUUUAGUUCUAGGUAGAGGUGAAUAAACCCAAAUCU